AAAAGAACAGCACCAAGUGCCACUCAACCUCUUGAAGACCCAUGAGCAGGUAAGCCUCUUAGCUCUGCAAGAAUGACAGAUCCUUACAGUAUUACUAUUCUAGAAAAUGCAAGUUAAAAUAUGAGUUCAUCAGUGUCCGUGAUGUGCAAAGGUUAAUCUCUUGAUUCUCAAAGGAUUGCCCAUUUUUAUUGUUUAGUACCAUUUUUGUUUAUGGCUAUCAAUGUGAAUAUGUUAGUGAGAAAAUACAAAAGUUUGUUAAAAUACGGUAACAAAAACGCAAUAGAUACUAUCAUAGAGUUGUGCAAAGGUUCUGACAACACGUAAACUAAGGCAAGGUACUCCAUUCUGAUCAUGUGGAUUCUUUUUCUAGAUAGGUGCAGUCUCUCCCUCCUGGAUUUCAGGCACAAUGUUUGCGUUAUUGGUUUGCAUCCUGACACUGCAUGAAGUGUACUCUGUGUGCAAUGUGGUAAGUACUCAUAUGAAUUACUGAAAAGAAAACCACAUACGGAAUCUGAAACAGUACAUUAGAUAUGAGACCAAUUACAUUUUAAUGUAUUUAUUAAAGUUCUUACUACUUUUCAUUCUUUCCCUUGAUCCAUCUCCUGCUGUGUCCACAGCCAAGUAAGUACAAUGCCUUACGAACAUUCUAACACAGUGCCCAGUGAAAGUCUACACACCCCUUGCAGUCUCCACAUUUUGCUGCCUUAAAAUUACAUCUAAAAGGGAUUACAUUUAAUAUUUUCCCUACAGAGCUACACAACCUACUCCAGAUUUUAAAAGUGAAAGACAAUUAGAGAACAUUUUCCAAAUCAAUUCAAAAUUAAAUGAAAAUGUCUUGAUUGCAUAUGUCUUGACACCCCAGAGUUCAUACUUGGUUGAAGCACCUUUGGCAGCCAUUUCAGCAUUUAAUAAUUUUUAAUAAGAUUCUACUAACUUCGCACAACUCUUAGGGCAACAUGUAUUCAUUGUUUUGUCAAAAUUGCUAAAGCUCAGUAACUUUGGCUGGGAAUCAUUGAUGGACAGCAAUAUUCAAACCUUUUUUAAGCAGAUUUAAUUAAGGACGGAGACUGGACCAUUCAGGAACACUCAACACCUAUUGGAAAGCCAUUCUGGUGUGUCUUUGGCAUUAAAAUAGGUGUAAUUGUCCUGCAAAAAAAACUACCCCAGUGUUAGUAUUAUGGUGGCAGCAUCAUGUUAUAGGUAUUGCUCAUCAUCGGCAGGGACUGGGGAGUUUGUAAGAUCAAAAUAAAUAUGAAAGCCGCAAAGCCCAGGUAAACAUUGACAGGAAAACCCCACCUCAGUCUCCUGAAAACCCUGGGAUAGAGUUGUAUUUUUGAGUAAGACAAUUAUACCAAACCAGUUAUGCCAAAGACACACCAGAAUGGUGUUGAGUGUUGCUGAGUGGUCUAGACUCAGUCCUGACUUAAAUUAGCUUGAAAAUAGGUUUAAAUAUGCUUUCCGUCAAUGAUUCCCAAUCAAAUUUACUGUCUUGAGCAAUUUUGACAAAAACAAUUGCCAUAUGCUGCCCUAAGAGUUGUGGAAAGUUGGUAGAAUAUGAUUCUAAAUGAUUUACAGCUGUAAUGGCUGCUCCACCAAGUAUUAACUCUGGGGUGUGAAGACCUACGCAAAAACAAAACACUUUUGUUUUUUUUGUGCGUUUACAUUUUCUAUAACUUUCUUUCACUGCAAAAAUGUGGAGUAGGUGGUGUAGAUCUGUAGGGGGGGGAAAAAAAUCGAAUUGAAUCCAUUUUCAUUUAAGUUUAAGGCAGCAAAAUGUGAAGACUUUCACCAUCCUCUACCAACAUGAUUAGGAAUUAAUUACACUGGAUUUAGUCAUCACCCACAACGUUUAAUUCAUCACGUGCUGUUUUUACAAAAGAAAGUGGAUUGAUUUGGGACUCAGUCCAGAUGUUGUCACAGACAUUAAGAGUAAAUAGUUGCUUUGUAUUAUGGGUUUAGUGAAGUAUUUACCUGUGGAGUAAGUAAUGUGCAUAUAAUCCCACAAUAUAACGUGUGUGUGUGUCUGUGUGUGUGUGUAGACAUUUGCCCAGACAGCACAGCAGUUCAGGCUGAGAUCCUUAACCAGCACAACGCCUUCCGGAGAGCGGUUACGCCUACUGCUAGAGACAUGCUCAAGAUGGUACGCUUUCAUGAUUCAUAUACUUUCCAUCCGUAACAAACCUCAGAAUCAAAUGUUUUUCCAACAUCCCCCAAAAUCCAUCGUAAAGAAUAUAAUCCCUGAUGUGUAAUUCAUAGAGCAGCCCUAUGGUAGGCCUAUAUGGUUAGUUUAUGUACAUGUAGAGACAAUACAGUACGGCCACAAAAUACUCAUGGACACUAGUAUGUGGAUGGCAUUAUUCUACAGCUGUUUGUAUCUGACCUGCAGAGCUGGAGCGAGGAGGCAGCGGCCAGUGUUCAGGCUUGGGUUAACACCUGCUCCAUGGCUCAUGGGCCACCCAGCAGUCGCAUGCUUGGCAGUACGGUUUCCCUUUGUCUCUCCAUGACAUCUCUUGUUUUUCCCCUGCUGUAGUGCAAACUAAGACAAAUAUAUUUUAUUGAUUCAUGCAACUCAAGACUUUCGCUGCAAUCGUAUCAAUGUGAGCGCAAUCUUCAGCUCAAAUAUAUUUUGAAUGUCAUGAUUUCCUAUCACCAGUGACUAUCUAUGGUAGCUUACCUGGUAUCAUAUUUGUUGACAUCUUAAAUCCUGCAUUGAAAAGACAUGUUAGUCAACUGUUCCAGUUUGAUUUCACUGUUACAUACCUAUUUAGUAAACUUUUCCAUGCAUGCUUUACUUAUGAACAGGCUACGAAAUGGGUGAGAACCUGUUCAUGUCCGGCACUUCUAAGAAUUGGACUGAAAUAGUUACAGCCUGGCACAGUGAGGUCAUAGAUUACUCCUAUCCCAAUGGAUCUAUCAAUGGUAAACACAUCGGCCACUACACACAGGUAAUGUUCAUCUUACGUGCAGAUACAUUAUGAUGACAUACAUGUGUAAAAUCUGAUUGAAUCACAGGUUCUAUGGGCCCAUUUAUAGAGAAACAGUCAGAGGCAGAUAUAUAAAAAAAAAAAGAACAAGUUUAUGGAAUGAAUCAGGUCUAAGUUUGUUUGUUUAAAAAGGGUACAGUAAAACAUUAAUGCGAAAACACAACGCAGUUCCUUUCACUGGAUGGCUCUAUCAUGUUCUAAAUAUCUACAGCGCUUCCACAGAGACAACUGACCCUGUUCACAACUGACCAAAAACAGUGACAAACAACUUCUGCAUGAAAGAAAAGAGCAGUUAGCCACUGCAUCUACACAAACACUAACUAUUUUAGAAAUACAAAAUGUAUGAACUUAAAACAGUCACCUUAAUGGAGGGCAGUUUCAAUAUAUUGCUUGGACCCUCAUGAACAUCUCUCCAAACACAAAGACAACUGCAGUGGCAUAACUUUCAAAGUAAUACAUGUGCUGUCAAAUUUGAAUAAACAAACGCUGAUAGAGAACUAAACAUACCUUCUGAACAGAUUCGACCACACCCAAAACAGUUGCUAAAGACAGCAUGGUCCCUAAAAUGGUUGCCUUAAAACCGAGCGCAUAGCAACAACACCAUACAGUCUUAACACUGGACCUUUAGGUACAUAAGGACCCACAAUGGACAAUGGGGUAUUUUUCUACAUUUUACAUGUCCGCCACUAAUUAGGGUCAGGUAGGAAGCACACACCAAACCUGCAGUUCCUACUCUGUCACGUAUAUUUUCAGGGAUAUUUAAUCACAUAUACCUGUUGACACCAAAGGAGUAUACUUGCAGAAUAGAUUACUAACUUAUUGACAUUUAUUUUGGUAGCAAUUUUAGCCAUUGUAUUGUACAUACACUGAGUAUACCAAACAUUAGGAACACCUUCCUAAUAUUGAGUUGGCCCCCCACAAACUGGUGCGCCUGGCACCCACUACCAUACCCCGUUCAAAGGCACUUAAAUAUUUUGUCUUGCCCAUUCACCCUCUGAAUGGCACACAUAUACAAUCCAUGUCUCAAUUGUCUCAAGGAUGAAAAAUCCUUCUUUAAUCUGUCUUCUCCCCUUCAUCUACACUGAUUAAAGUGGAUUUAUCAAGUGACAUGAAUAAGGGAUCAUAGCUUUCACCUGGAUUCACCUGGUCAGUCUAUUCAUGGAAAGAGCAGGUGUUCUUAAAAUGUUGUAUACUCAGUGUAUAUUGUUAUGGACCAUUGUGCCACAAGCAAUUCGCUACACCCGCAAUAACAUCUCCUAAAUAUGUGUAUGCGACCAAUAAAAUGUGAUUUGAUUUGGUAUGCUGUAUGGUGGUCAGAGGUGUGUAGUUACCGACAAGUGUCAUUAUGGUUAUUCGCCAAUUAAACUCUGAUAACACUAAACUGUGUCUCCUUUCAUAUAGGUGGUUUGGAACAGUUCAUACAAGGUUGGCUGUGGUGUGGCCUUGUGUCCUGGCUCAGUCUACUUCUAUGGAUGCCAAUAUUACAGAGCGUAUGUUGCACCAAUCACACCCAAAAUGCACCUAACACCUGUGUACAAUUUCACCCUAUUUACUAUAACUGGUAGUGGAAGGAAGGCAUCAUCCAGCGAUCAUUCCAAUACUUUGUUUAACAGGGGAAACUACAGAGGAGUGGCUCCAUACAAGGAAGGAGCUACGUGUGCUGACUGCCCCAACUCCUGCGAAAAUAAGCUUUGCAGUAAGUAUCAGACAUGAUGAAAAUACAUGAAUGCCAUCUAAAAUCUUACCAAUAUGACUUAGCAAUGUUAGUGAUAGGUUUCAAAAACAUGUUCACAAGGUUCAAUGUACAAUAAUCACCAAAUGUAAACUGUCAAUAUACAAUGAAUUGACUGCCAAUGUUUCUUCUCAUGUGUCAUUUCAGCCAAUCCCUGUCCUUACAUAAACAAGUAUGUCAACUGUGCCGCCAUGAAAGAACAGGCCGGGUGCAGCAAUCCUUUGGUGUAUGCCUGGUGUCCCGCCCUCUGCCUGUGCACCACCAAAAUCAUCCCAAUAGCAAAGAAGUGAAACCACCAGACCUCUUCAAAAUGGUCCACUGAAAGAAAACUUUGAAUGAUUCCUCUGUUGUUUCCUUGUCUAUGAGAAGAAGAAAAACAUAUACACCUGGUUGAUCUAUCUACUGUACUUCUGGUAAAGUCAGUUCAUUUGAACAAUUCUAACUAUCACUAAUAAUAUAUUAAUUAUCACUGUAGGUCUAUGGUACAGAUAAAACAUUGUUCUUAUUCUAGGGGUAACAUAAGGUGUCUAACUUACAGUAGCUAAUGUUAGUUGGAAGCAAUUCAUUUUGUUCCCUUUCAUUGAUUUCAAUGUCUUCGUGCCCAUUUUACCAAAACAAAUCCAUAUUGAAUUUGCAAGUUGAAUGAGAAUAUCCUGUACAUCUUGAGAAGCCAAUAUUUCCAUCAGUUACAGUAACAGUGGCCAUUUUGAUCAUUUAAUUUCUGCUAAUAAACUACACAGUAAUAUGGUUAUACAGAACUGUAAUACCUCAACACAUUUCACUUUAAGUUGAUUCAGGGCAUUAUUUUAUGUUUGAUGAAAUGCAAGGAAUGCUGCUCAUAAUUUGCUCUAUCAACAUUAAAUGUUUGCACAUGACAGAAUUAUGUAACCCUUAUUUUUUUCCCUCAAUCGCAUUAAAAUUAUCAUGAAGAUGAAUUAA